AUGGGCAUCGAAAGCCGGGGCCCUGUAGGACGCGCCACGCUCAGCCGGCUGCAGCCCUGCCGCGAGGCCGGGUACCUGGUGCGGACCAGCGAGACGGGCAGCGGGAAAUACUCCAUCGCCCUCAAGACCAGCCACGGAUGCGUCCACAUCCUCGUGGCCCAGACGAAGGACAACAAGUACACGCUGAGCCAGGCCAGCGGCGUCUUCGGCAGCGUGCCGGAGGUGGUGCACUACUACUCGUGCGAGAAGCUGCCCUUCAAGGGGGCGGAGCACAUGAGCUUGGGGCACCCCGUGCACAGCAAGCCGCACUAGCGCUGGGGCACGGGCCGUGCGCACAGAGCCGGGGGCAGCGCGGUGCUCUGGAGCCGGC